AUGUCUGCGGCCUGUGAUACCCCUCGUCCCUCACAGUUGACCUUGGACGAGAUUCUCAAUUCCAAGGUCAACUUCAAGCUGGAUGAAGAACCUUUGAAGGUCUGGGAUAAAGGAGUAUUCCUCAAUGAACUUCUCAAACAGGGACUUGUUCUCAACACUGACAAGACCGGCGCUCUUGAUGGUCAGCUUGUUGCCAGCAAAGGACUACAGAAGGGAACUUAUAUGGGGACCCGUCUUGCCUUGACUGAGCUGUACAGCAUUCUCGAAGAAGCUGCUGCCUCUCAUUUCGACACUCAAGGCUUUGAACCCAUCUUCCCCAUCAAGAGAGAUCUCACCCUCAAGCAGAGUCUCUACCAAUGGAGCGAUGGCAAAGACGGUUACCCUCCUCACUUGCUUACCCUCCCUCCAGAUCAAAAGUCCAGCAAGACAAAUGGCACUAAACAAGAGGGAGUCGGACAGAUCUUCAACGAAAAGGAGCAAAACUUUGUGGUCAAAAUCGCAUCCAUGGUCUCCUUCAUCAUUCCCAAGGAGCUCUCUUCCACAGACGGACCCUUUGUGGGACCUACCAUCGCCGACGUUGAAAAGUGGAACAAGGAUAACAUGCCAGGGUCCGCGUCGCAGGGCGAUGGACAGCAGAAUGGCUCUGCUAAGGAGUACCAAAGCCAGGCUAGUGACAUUAUGAAAGGCAGGAACAUCGGUGAACAUGCCGACUGGUACUCGGAUGCAAAGUUUGCACAGCAACAUCUCAGCGGUGUUAACCCGUGCACGAUAGAGGCCGCUCCUGUGGACAAGAUCAAGGCCUACGCUGUCGAAGCCGAAAAGCAAGGCCUCGACAAGAUGAAGAGCCUUCUUCAAGACGGACAGGACAUUCUGAUCCAGGAUUACUCCUACUUCCGCGAAGCCACCGGCCUCAAGGAAGAUGAUGAGUUCAAGAACACAGUCACUGACGGCACAAACACUGCUUACCGCUACACCGGCGCAUCCAUCGUUAUCUUCCAACUCCACCAAGAUGGACGUCUCCACCCACUGGCCAUCACUCUCGACUUCAAGGGCUCUCUUAAUAAGUCCGUCACCAUUUUCAACCAAAGACUCACUCCAGACGACAAGGGAGACAUUGACGAGAAAGAAGAUUGGCCUUGGAGAUAUGCCAAAACCGUUGCCCAAACCGCCGACUGGGCAAGACAUGAGGUUGCCACCCAUCUUGUCGAUACGCACAUGAUCGAGGAAGCAAUUAUCGUUGCCACCAACCGAACUAUCCCCGAGCGUCAUCUAUUGUACGAGAUCCUCAGCCCACAUUGGUUUAGAACUCUUGCUCUCAACGAGGCUGCCCGUAUGCUACUCGUUCCUCUUGUCAUCAAGAGAGUUUCUGGGUUCAAUCCUCCAUCUCAACCUGGCGGUGUGGGCGGCGCCUUCGGGUUGGUUAACUGGUCCUGCAAGAACUUCAACUUUCAAGACAAGUACAUCCCCAACGACUUGAAGAAGCGAGGGUUCAAUUUUGAUGAAGAGAAGGGUGACAAAUACCGCAACUACCCCUACGCUUCCAACAUGCAGCUUCUUUGGGGAAUUAUUCGGGACUUUGCCAAGUCUGUUCUCGAGACGAAGUACAAAUCGGACAAUGAUGUAACGAGCGACCCAUACAUUGCGGAUUGGUGCAAGGAGAUCCAAACCAGUGGCCAGAUUCCUUCCUUCCCAACCAUUACCACUGUGGACCAACUCAUCGACGCUGUCACCAUGUGCAUCCACACAGCAUCGCCCCAGCACACCGCAGUCAACUAUCUCCAGGACUACUACUAUAGCUUCGUUCCCUCCAAGCCCCCCGCCCUCUGCACUCGUCUUCCCCAGGACCUCAAGACCCUGCAAACCUACACCGAGAAAGAUCUCACCGACGCGCUCCCCAUUGGUACCAAGGACGCCAAAUGGAAGGACUGGCUGCUAGCUGCCCAACUGCCAGAGCUGCUGAGCUUCAAGGUCGAGGACCGCUACAACCUCCUCACUUAUGCCAACUCGCUGUACACUGUCAACAAGGACAGAACGAGCUGCGAGAAUAGCGAGAUGCAUUCUCAGGCUAUUAGUAAAGCGGCCGAGGUCUUUUACAGCCGUCUCAAGAAUGCUGGCCUUGCGUUUGAGUAUUACUCUGCGAUCCAGACAGAGGGUUCAAUUGAGUAUCCUGUCAUGCAGCCUGAGGUUACUGCUGUUUCAAUUCUGAUCUAG